AUGGCUCGGCGAGUGCUGGGCCUUGGACGGCACUCUGGAGAGGCGUGGCUAGAGUACGAGAUUCGCACUAGACAGGCUGUCAAGUGCAUCUUGCUGGAGCACGGCCGAGAGAUGUGGGGAGUCACGUAUCUCAGACGGUACUGGCGCUAUGCUGGACACCUGGCAAGAGCGGAUGUGAGAUGCAACGUUGCGGCCAACCUUUUGUACACCCGCGACAUCCAGUGGUGGAGGGAACACCGUCACACCACCAAGCACCCGGGCCGUUUUCCGCCCACAGGGGUGGACCGCGUCUUGGAUGCCUUUGUCACCCAGGAGUUGAAGGAAGACUGGAAGACAGUCGCACAGGACCGCCGGCGAUGGGAGGCAUUGCUGCAGAGGUCGCGGGAAAUCGCGAUUUGGAAGUCAGCAACUGUAUCCCGCUUCCGUGUGUUUGCCACAGUGUGCCUUACAGUGGCCACCGAAGGCGUCUCUGCGAGACGGAGCUUGGAGCUGCCUUGCCUGUGA